AUGGGCGCAGGUUGCACAAAGCGGGGACCGCCGGACAGGUCUACCAGUAGUGGACUCGAGGCUGGGCAGGACAAUGACGGUGGGCGUGGUGGCGGCGAGGUCCCAGUGACUGGGCUUGGCGGGCAAGUCGAGGGUGGGCGCCGCCGGUACCGGCGGAGAAAGCGGCGGCGGCGGCGAAAGACGCCCGGGCCUGGGCCUGAGCUUGAGUCAGGCGACGGGCGAAGCGGCAAUCUUGGCUUGCGUGGUGCUAUUGCUCCACUGCCGCCGCUUUCGGUGCCAGCGGCCGCGGUCCACGGCCGUUCGAGCAGGCGCAGGCUGAGCUCGGCCAGAGGUGGUGACUCGGGCUCGGGCACUUCGGGCACGCUGCUGACGCCGCGGACGCCUGGCACGCCUGGCACGCCCGGCACACCGUCAACGCCGGGCGGUGUGGCGCUCGCGGCGCUCAAUCCGACUGCUGCUGACCAGGCGGUCGCAGUCGGCAGCGCGGUGCCGAGCUCGGGGCUGGUGAGCGAGGCGCGGGCGGAGAUCACAAGCGCGGUGGCUGCGCUGCGGCUGCCACGGUCAACCUCGCAGAUUGCGGUGUUUGGGCCCAAUGCUGCGGUGGUGGUCGCUGGGCGGGCGGCUACCGCUGGCCCGCGCACCGAAGUCCCGGCUCCUGUAGUAGUAGCAUCGAGCAUAGAGCGCGGGCGAGUAGUCGCACUAGGGCACGUCAACAUGCUUCAUCCAACAGUCUUUACCGACGAGCGCGCCGAUGGCCCGGUCUUUGUGGCCAACGUUCUGCGGUGGCUGGCCGGUCCGUGCCCGUCAAUGCCUAUUGUCCGCGCCGUUGGCCUCGCCCGCGGGUACAUCGACUCGCUCGCGGCAUUGGGGCCACUGCUGGACCUUGUUGUGGCGCCGCAUCUGGCGGUUCGCGAGCUCGAGGCGCUCUCGCCGCAGGACGCCACAGUGUUGGUGGUGCUGGGCGGGUGGCGGGGUUUUGCCGACCCGCGCGGCCUCUGCGCUUUACAGCGGUACGUGAAGCUCGGAGGCGCAGUGCUCCUGCUCUACGACCAGAAGAUCGAGGGCGCAGCCGAGGCUGCCCACGGGCCGGUUCCUAGCGCCGCCGCCCGCCACGCGUUCAAAACGCCGCGCUACCCUGCCAACGACUUUACCACGCCCAUGGGUUUUGUCUUUACCCAUCAGCCGGUCAUCACCAGUGGCGACCUGCGGGAAGGCCCGAGCAAUCGACUUCUUGCCCUCGCGCACUCGUCGCCCGAGUACGGACACGUGGGUGCUGCGCUCGACGCGCUCAACUUUUUGCUCGAGGAGCGGAGCUCUCGAGCCAAGCUACCGAGUGUGCUCGUUGACGUCAUUGACUAUUACGCAGUGUAUCUCCCGUUGGAGGCAUCGCUCUUUCCACCAGCGCUCUGCGCCGCGGUUUGGGAGGCUGUCCCGCGGAUUCUGCCGUCGCUGGACGCGCCCGUAUACAAGAAGGACAUUGUGCAGCGGCUCGCAGUUCUUGUCGGCUCAUAUGAGGCGAGCAACGAGAGCGGUGGCGUGCCUGCCGCGGCGGCGUCUGCUCCGGUCUUUCCCGGGCCGGUGCCUCCCACAGCCAAGCCGCAGCCGCGAGCGGUGGAGAUCCACAUCAACGGGCCCGGAUGGUACUCGACCGGCCUCUAUGCGCCGCCCGGAGGCCUUGUUGCGGUCGCGCUAGCCUCGGCUUCAGGCACUUUUGGUCCCGACUCACCGCUUGCCGUCGACGAGCUUCCGCAAGUGCUGUUGCGGAUCGGGGCACAUUCGGACGUCCUCUUUCACGCACCCGAGUGGCGGCGCCACCCGUCGAUUUGCUGCACGGCCGCGAUUGGCCUCGCCGGCGAGCAGACUGUGCUGCACAACCCGUACGGUGGCCUUAUUUACCUCGAGAUUCGUGAGCAAGCGGGUGGUUCUCCGGCAGCAGGGUCUGCCGACCUAGCAUCGCGAAUGGUCCUUGACCUCGAGGGCACCGUCCUAGCGCCGUACUACCAACAUGGCACAACGUCGAUCUCUGAGUGGCGGGCGAUGCAGCUGCACCGGCCGGCGCCGUGGGGCGAGCUGGCCUCCUCGCGCAUCAUUUUUACUCUUCCAACGGCCGUCCUCCGCGAGGUUGAGGACCCAUCAGCGGUGCUUGCGUUCUGGGACAGGGUCAUCGACACCAUGGACGUACUCUCGCAGCGGCAUGGUCGCGAAGGCGCGCUGGUUGGCUCGCGCGCGCGCGAUGGGAGCAGCAGCGCCCCGGCUGCGUCCCAGGCAUGGGGCGCGCCGUCGCGGCGGCGGCCGGAGCGAGUCGUGGGCGAUGUGCAGCUCGCAAGCGGAACACUUCACAAUGGCUACCCGAUUGCAUGCUCGCUGCCGUCGCUAAUGUUUGAUGCCAUGGACGUGCGCAAGCUGCAGAGCCAAGGCGCGUGGGCGCUGUUCAAGUGCCUCGGGUACAACUUUCAGGCCUCAAAUGUGCUUGCCUUUGACGGAAUGGCCGACGUGGCGGUCAACCUCUUCUCGCUCUUUGUAUUCGACUCGAUGCUCGGUGUCUCGCCGCUCUCGCAUCCGCGGCUCAACUCGCGCGAGGCUGCGGUUAUGGACUUCCUCUUCCGCGGCUUUGAUGAUCCGGACCUCGAGCCGCUGUGGCAGCGGGAUCCGCUUGCCGGCGCUCACAUGUACGUCCAGCUUGUUGUCGAGUUUGGCUGGGAGCUGUUCUUUGGCGUCUUUGACUCGUACGCCAAGGCGCCGCUCUCGGUCGCCGACGUUGCAGCCAACCCGCCGGCACUCCUCCGCGACCAGUGGAUUGUGCGGCUCUCGCAGGUUGCCAAGCACGACCUAGUUCCAUUCUUCAAGCUCUGGGGCGUCCGCGCCUCCAAAGAGGCCACUAUCGCUACCUCGCAGUUCCCCGAGUGGCUCCCGCCGUAUCUCGGCGUCUCGUCCAUGCUCUCGACCAAGGUGACCCAGCUCGCCCGUCGCCGGCACUGAUACGCCACCGCCCUAGCGCACCGCCACGAAGCACUCCAUCAAAGCUGUUACCAAACCAG